CCUCCCUCCAUCCCAUCCCCGUCGUCCUCCUCCUCCUUCCCACGCCCCAGUGCGCUGUGGGAUAGUGCCACUAUAAAGUAUAUCCUCUCUCGGAGAAAUAUAAGAAGCCCGAGACAGGAGGGUGAUGAAGAUGGCGGACGCCAAGCAGAAGAGGAACGAGCAGCUGAAGCGGUGGCUGGGCUCCGAGACAGACCUGGAGCCGCCGAUCCUGAAGAAGAAGAAGACGAAGGUGAAGUUCGACGAUGGCGCCGUGUUUCUGGCCGCCUGCUCCAGCGGCGACACCGAGGAGGUGCUCCGAAUGCUCGACCGCGGCGCCGACAUCAACUACGCCAACGUCGACGGUCUCACCGCCCUCCACCAGGCGUGCAUCGACGACAACGUUGACAUGGUGACUUUCCUGGUGGCCCAUGGAGCCAGCAUCAACCAGCCUGACAACGAGGGCUGGAUCCCGCUCCACGCCGCCGCCUCCUGUGGAUACCUGGACAUUGCAGAGUAUCUCAUCAGUCAGGGGGCCAGCGUGGGCGUCGUCAACAGCGAGGGUGAAACGCCUCUGGACAUCGCAGAGGAAGAGGCCAUGGAAGAGCUCCUCCAGAAUGAGAUCAACCGGCAAGGGGUUGACAUCGAGGCGGCCCGCAAAGAGGAGGAGCGGAUCAUGCUGCGGGAUGCCCGGCAGUGGCUCAACAGCGGCCAGAUCCAGGACAUCCGGCAUGCCAAGUCGGGAGGGACGGCGCUCCAUGUCGCUGCCGCUAAGGGCUACGUGGAGGUUUUAAAGCUUUUAAUCCAAACAGGGUAUGAUGUAAAUAUUAAGGACUAUGACGGCUGGACUCCUCUCCAUGCAGCAGCACACUGGGGCAAAGAGGAGGCCUGCAGGAUACUGGUGGACAACCUUUGUGAAAUGGAUGUCAUUAAUAAGAUGGGCCAGACACCUUUUGACGUCGCAGAUGAAGAUGUUCUGGGAUACUUAGAAGAGCUGCAAAAGAAACAAAAUCUGCUGAUGAGCGAGAAGAAAGACGAGAAGAAAUCUCCUUUGAUUGAAACCACAACCACAGGGGACAACAACCAAUCACUGAAACCACUAAAGAGCAAAGAAACACUGCUGCUAGAGCCCGAAAAGACCGUUCCACGUAUCGAGACUUUGGAGCCGGAGAAGGUGGACGAAGAGGAGGAGGGAAAGAAGGACGAAUCCAGCUGCUCCAGCGAAGAAGAGGAGGAGGAGGAUUCAGAGUCGGAUAAUGAAGCAGACAAGAGCAAGCCUUCAGCAUCGGUGAGCAACAGCACAACACCCGCCCCGGCCAGCAUCACCGUGUCCUCACCAAGCAGUCCCACCAACCAGCUGACCAGCCCCACAUCGCCAUCAAAGAAGGUCACCACGCCGCCCACAGCCAAAGUGGAGGAUGACCGCAAGGACGAGUCCCCGGCCUCGUGGCGUCUGGGCUUGAGAAAGACAGGCAGCUACGGGGCACUGGCGGAGAUCACGGCCACCAAGGAGGCGCAGAGGGAGAAGGACACCACGGGGGUGAUGCGCUCGGCCUCCAGCCCCCGUCUCUCCUCCUCCCUGGACAACAAAGACAAAGAGAAGGAAAAGGACAAAGGGACCCGGCUUGCAUAUGUGGCCCCCACCAUUCCCAGGAGACUGGCCAGUACAUCAGACAUUGAUGAGAAGGAAAACAGGGACUCUUCCACGGCGCUUAUACGUAGCGGCUCCUACACCCGGCGGCGCUGGGAUGACGACCUGAAAAACAGUGAAGGAACCACCUCCACCAAUAGAACCUCUAGUUACCAACGAAGCACGUCCCACACGCUAGCGCUAGGGCGGAGUAGCAGCACGCGGGACGUGCCGGCCAAGUCUUCGUCCACCUCCAGCUUGGAUCCUAACACCUGUAACACUAAACCCUGGCAACCACCCAUCUCCCACUACCAGUCAUACAGCAUUUACCGCAGCGGCUCUUUCGGUAGACGAUACGACGACUUGAGUUCCUCAACGACUACCACCGCCCCCUCCUCCUCAUCUUCCUCUACCACAACCACCACCACCUCCUCAUCUGUUACCUCGCCUACGGGCCACCGUGGCCUGCUCUCUAGCCUGGGCUCCUCCUCCACACGCACUGGCACCACCAGUCUCACCAGCAGGUACUGGUCAGAGGAGAGUGCAGCGAGGGAAAAGGACAAGGAGCGGGAGUCGGCAGCAGUCAUCCCCACCAUAAACACUGGCUUUACCACCACCACCGGCACAUCUACCACCACAACCACCAUCACAGGCACUGGUCCUGAACGACGCAGGUCCUACCUGACACCUGUGCGAGACGAAGAGUCCGAGUCCCAGAGGAAAGCACGCUCCAGACAGGCCAGACAGUCCAGGAGGUCAACCCAGGGGGUCACUCUGACCGACCUGCAAGAGGCUGAGAAGACCAUCGGCAGGAGUCGCACCUCCAAGACCCGCGAGGAGGAGAAAGAGGAGAAGCAGGACAAGGAGAAGCAGGAAGAGAAGAAGGAAUAUGAAGCCAAGGAAGACGAGUACCGACCCAAGUACCGCAGCUUUGAAGACCGCUACCGCACCUCCUCCUCUAUGUCAGCGGUCAGCACCACCUCGGCGCCGUCUUACUCCAGCACCACUUUGAGCGCCAGCUGCCUCAACAGGCCAAACAGUCUGACGGGGAUCACCUCCUCUUACGGCCGUUCGUCCAGAGACAGCGAGAAAGAAACGGACAAGAAGGAGGAGGAGAAGGAGGGCGACGACAAGUCUCAGCCUCGCUCCAUACGGGAUCGCAGGCGGCCCCGUGAGAAGAGACGAUCCACCGGGGUCUCCUUCUGGUCCCAAGAUGGUGAUGAUAACGACCAUGAACACCUGUCUGACUCGGAGGAAGGCAGCAUCAAGGGAGAGGUGCAGGUGGACAGGCUGUCCAGGAACGAGGGUAGCACCUCCUCCUUAGACUGCAACGACUCUCUCCUCAGCCGCAGCUACGGCGAGAGUCGAAGGCCGUACUCCAGCCGGCUGGACAGAGACGACGCCACAGACUACAAAAAGCUCUAUGAGCAGAUCUUAGCUGAGAAUGAGAAGCUGAAGGCGCAGUUACGCGACACGGACGUGGAGCUGGCUGACUUGAAGCUGCAACUGGAGAAGGCCACGCAGAGGCAGGAGCGCUACGCUGACAGGUCACAGCUUGAGAUGGAGAAAAGGGUAACAAGCAGAUAUCAUCUGGGCGGGGGAAAGACGAGCUCUCGAAAGGAAGAUUUCGGAGAUGGAGGAGGAACUGAAGAUGCUCCCUGACUUGAAAGCAGACAACCAGAGGCUCAAGGACGAGAACGGAGCGCUCAUUCGAGUCAUUAGCAAGCUUUCCAAGUAGACCCCCCACCGAUGCCCCCCCUGGCAGUGACUAAUGGAAUUGCACAUCUAGAUAUUAAGGCAAGAGACUUUUAUUGUUGUCCCACUGCAGCGUCCUCCUCCCCCAUCAUCAUAGACGCCCCCCAGUUUACAGCGUGCACGAGCAUCGUGGGCGGGGAAGCCAGAGCUCUAUUUAACCAGUAAGCCUUAGUUGUACAGAAAGAGGAAAGCUCUUGAUGAACAAUUAUUAUUAUUAUUAUUAUUAUUAUUAUUAAUAUCAACACCUGAUUUUAUUUGUGCCACGCCACCUUUUAUUUUGGUCUACGUGUGCUGUGCCACUUCCCCCUCCCCUGUUUUUUUUUUAAACACACAAGGAUCACAUGUGUACUCACUCUCUCACACACACACACACACACACACACACACACACACACACACACACACAGUCUCACUCCCCCAGCUGUGUGGUUACCUCUGCAUGUCGUCUUCCUCCAAGAGGGAAAAAUAAGCAAACGGAGGCGGAGCAGGUGGAAUUGAAGCUUUCACUGACUGUGCAAUAUGCAUAAUUCUCCUCCUUCUUCUUUGUUUUUGAUGCUUUCAUGAGCAGUCAUCACAUCUUUCUUUCUUCCACCACGGCCCCCAUCGCUUCUUUUGGCUUGUCGUGUUAGCGGGUUAGUUUCUGUGUGUACGUGUCACCUUGUUUUAGCAGGUACUUGCUGAUAUGUACGUAUUUGUUGGCCGUGCGUCCCUUCCCGUCUGUUACUAUUAAAAGUAUCCAAAUUCCACAGGACUUUUUCCUUUUCUUUCCAAAACAACAUUUCAUUGUAUUGCGUACGCUGGAAGGAAGAGUGCAGUUGUUUUGUUUUAAAGCUGUAGUAUUAUUUAGUAUUAUAGCCCAGACAGAUCUAUUGUGGCGCUCGCCCUCCUUUUUUGUUUUUUUAAGUAGAAAGUCUACGUGCACUGUCCACGGCGCAGCGGGAGUACAAACUAAUAUUCCACGCAAACUUUUUAUGCAUUUCAGUGGCCUUUUUUAAAUUGUUUUAGUCAAAGAAGGGGACGAAGAGGGGAUUUAAAAAAAAAAAGUCACUGCAAAUAGACUGAUCUACUCUGGUUAAGUUUUAUUUUAUUCUUUAUUAUUAUUAUGAUGAUGAUGUUUUGUUUGGUCAUCUUGUAAAAUAGGUGUGUGGCUUAAAUACAUGCAAGCUGUGCUGUGACUACCAACCACUGAAGAGUUCAUUAAAAAUAAACUUGUACAUUGUAA